GCCGUCGCCGGGCUCGGGCUCCCGCGCCGCUCUUCCUUCUCGCCGCCCGGCGGUCCUGCGGCUUUCCCUCCUGCCGCUGCGGGCCGCGGGGCCAAGGCCAUGUCCCGGAAGCAGGCGGCGAAGAGCCGGCCGGGCAGCGGCAGCCGGAAAGCCGAGGCCGAGCGCAAGCGGGACGAGCGGGCGGCGCGCCGGGCCCUGGCCAAGGAGCGGCGGAACCGGCCGGAGUCCGGCGGCGGCGGCGGCUGCGAGGAGGAGUUCGUCAGCUUCGCCAACCAGCUGCAGGCUCUGGGGCUGAAGCUGCGGGAGGUGCCGGGGGACGGCAAUUGCCUAUUCAGAGCUCUUGGUGAUCAAUUGGAGGGACAUUCAAGAAAUCAUCUCAAGCACCGACAGGAGACAGUGGACUACAUGAUAAAGCAGCGGGAAGAUUUUGAACCCUUUGUAGAAGAUGACGUUCCUUUUGAGAAACAUGUGGCCAGUUUGGCAAAGCCUGGAACAUUUGCUGGCAAUGAUGCUAUUGUAGCCUUUGCAAGAAAUCAUCAGUUGAAUGUGGUGAUUCAUCAACUUAAUGCCCCUUUGUGGCAGAUCCGCGGUACAGAGAAGAGCAACGUGCGGGAGUUGCACAUCGCGUACCGGUGUGGCGAGCACUAUGACAGCGUCCGGAGGAUCAACGACAACUCGGAAGCACCUGCGCACCUCCAGACUGAUUUUCAGAUGCUUCAUCAAGAUGAAUCAAAUAAAAGAGAGAAGAUCAAGACAAAGGGAGUCGACUUUGAGGACGACCUGAAAGAUGAAGUAGAAGACGCUGUCCAGAAAGUCGGCAAUGCAACUGGGUGUUCAGAUUUUAAUUUGAUAGUCCAGAACCUGGAAGCUGAAAAUUACAACAUUGAAUCUGCGAUAAUUGCCAUGCUCCAGAUGAACCAGGGGAGAAGAAAUAAUGCAGAGGAGAACCUUGAGUCCAGUGGCCGAGUCCUGAAGCAGUGUGGUGGCCCUUUAUGGGAGGAGGAUGGCAGUGGCACCGGCAUCUUUGGGAAUCAGGGCUUAAAUGAAGGCAGGACUGAAAACAAUAAGGCACGGGCCAGCCCUACCGAAGAAAACAAAGCAAAUAAAAACCAGCUCCCAAAGGUCACAAACAGGCAGCGGCGCGAGCAGCAGCGGCUAGAGAAGAAGAAGCGGCAGGAGGAGCGGCAUCGGCACAAAGCCCUGGAGGGCAGGGGCAGCCACGGGGACGGCAGCAGGAGCGAAGCGGAUGCGAGCGCUCAGGUCACCUUGGUGAAGACCUUCGCAGCUCUCAGCAUCUGACUCAGGCCUCCCGGGAGACGGGAGGGGCGAGGGGAGAGUGGAGUGGACCGGCUUUCCAGCGAGGCUGUCCUUUUCCAAAACGGAACUCAUCCCACAGUAUCCACACGGCCGCUCCCACACCGAGUUAGUGUCCUUCAAGCUGCCUCUUUUUUGUUCGAAGUUUUGUUAGUGCUGUGUUUUAUUUAAUGAAAGUGCAGUGAAGCCAUUCAUGUUCUGUAAUUAAAGUAUCGAGUUUUAGGGCUGGAUAGUUAGGUCAAGAAAAACUUUGUAAGUGUGGUCUUUUUUGCCCUAAAAAUCAGAGUUCAGUAACCCUGGGAUCUUUCCUGAACACUUAGGGUGAGUUUUGCUGUAACUGGUCAUGAACUAGUUUAGAUUAAUUGCUAGGAAUUGAGAAUAACAAGUUUCCUUUGUUUUGCUUUCAUUCUCAAACAGAUAUUAAUAUGCAGGAUAGUCUAUAAGCGAUCUCCAACUCAGGUACCUGUUCAGAAUUAAUUUUCUUCUAAUCCAAGUUAAUGAGAAAAUAAUUCAGGAAGUGUUUUCCCAAAGUAAUAUGAUACACAGGUUGUGGCCUGUAGUCGGGGUGGAAGUUAAGUUACUGCAUUUUUCUUCUGGAUUCUGAUGUUAUUUCAGAUGGGAUGCAGGUGCUGUUAGUUCGUUUGCUCUCAGGCCAUAUGAUAAAUGGGCCUGACUGUUACUUAGGCCUGGACUUUGCUGGAAAGUUGAUAGUGUUGCUGAGUUUUGGGUACUUGUUUCUUGACAACGAGAAGACGGCAUGUUACGGCUUCUGAUGGCAGUUCUGGGCUUCUGAUAGUAUGGAAAACGGAGUCCAUAGUUGUAAAGGGAGGAAUCAGGAGAGUCCUGAGUUUGUGCUCAGGAAGAGUUUUUAUAGGGGGAGAGUGUCUGGAAGAAUGUCUGAGGCUUUUCAUGUUCCCAUGUUAAGUAACUGUCUUUUCUUCCCUACCAUUCUAGAUUUAGAAAGAUGCCUUCAGAGAAAUAAAAGGUAACUUGACCUGUUACUCAAUUUUCUUAGUAUCGUGAAAAUGAAAUCCCAUGAAAUGCUGCACUUACCUCUUUUUAUUUAAGCCCUGUUUGGGAUUUUGAUGUUGAAAAGCUCUCUAGCACCCUCCGGAAGCUGUCAGUGACUUAGGUCACACCAGCAGGCCAGAGAACGUACUUUGGCUGAGGCCUUUGAAUGACUCCACAGUGCUGAGAUAGGUGGACCCGGGCGGUGGAGAGAUGUCACUCCUCGUACUGAAUUAGGUGGGUGUGAGCUUUAGAACUGUAAGGUAUGCAGUGGCCAGUCUUGGACAGUCUUUGCCUUUUGGGGACCUAAUAUUGGGAGAAAUAACAUAUGCUGACUCAAAAGGUAAAUUAUUAGUUACCUCCCCCAUCUCAAAUUUCAAAAUUUUAAGAGUUCCGAGACAAAAGGAAAAUUAUAAAAGGGUUUUGACAUGUAUACACAUGUCAGUGUAGGCUGACCUUGGAGCCAUUGGGUUGUCUUCAUCAGGUGAUUUGCUUUCUUCGGUUUUAAUGAUGUGUUUUAAUUUUUUGUUUGGUGACUUUUUGUGGUUGCAGCAUCAGUGGUCUCUUGGAAUUGUUCUCAGGACAUCCUGGAACAGGACAUUGUAAUAUUUAGCAGAUUUAGAAAGUGCACGGCGGUUUUUCUUUGCACACUGUGAAGUCCUGAGUGAGAGCCUCUAGUCCAGACAAGUGAAGGGUAGGUCUCUGUUGCCUUACUGUCUCCUAGGGAGUGAGAGCCAGUGCUUUAGGAUCUGCUGUCUCGUGACUUUCCGCUCUGGGCACAUUCUGACCGUGGCCGAGCAUUUCUGAGGGAACACUCUUUCUCGCCUGCUUUGUCCUGUGAGAGUACCGGAGACUGGGUGCUCCCAGAAAGAUCAAGAUUGUGUAGCAGACAUUCAGCAGAAUUCAGCGUCAGAAACGGCUGAAGGGAGACCCAUUACCCGAAGUAGUAGAGCUGCUUUAUUGACUUGGUUAAAUGAAGGUGGCCUUGGGCCCUGUUGGGUUUUAGAAGUUGCUAAAAAGUCAUUAAAGAAUAUUGGGCACAUUUAUUUAUAAAUUACCUAAUUCUGAUGCUAGGCUUCCCACAUUUCUGGGGUAAAAUAAUAGUGGUUUUAGAAACUAAUCAAAUGGCUUCAGUAGUUUUCUUUUAUUACCAUGGCAUAGUUUUCCAGUUGUAAUUGUCUGUGUUUGGUAUGUUAACUGUUAGGAAUGGGGUACAUGUAUCCAGUGUUAGUGAUGCCUUCUAGCUAAAGGCACGAAUUCAGACCUCGCCGCCUCAGCCUCACCUGGGUGUGAGGUGCGUGGGCACUUCCCUGCCCGGGCAGGCCCUUGAGGCUGACUUUCUCGACAGCCGAAAUGGAGGCCCCGCGUGUGUAGUCCUGGGGUGGCCGUUGUCAGCGGCGGUCCCUGGUACAGUCACUCACAUGCACACCGUGUCAGGGAGUGAGUCUCUCUUCACUUCCGUGGCUGUUAGAGGUCUGUUACGUGGGAUUGUCUCGGUGGCUUUGAUCAGGAGAAAGGGGAUGGGGCAGUGGUCCAUAGCUGCUUACUAGUCUUAUAAACUGUAUAUAAAGGUUUUAUGGAUAAAAAAAGAUUUUUUUAAAGGUCAAAAUAAGAAAUACAAUUUUAGUGGCAACAGCUUUGUGCUAGAGAGUAUUAAAACAGCAUAGAGCCAUGACUUCUAAAUUAAUAUAAUUGCCACCAGGAGAUAUUAGAGAGAGGGACUGUAUAUGUAUAUUUAAUUUUUCAAUAAUAGAAAACAUGUUUUCAGGAGCAAAGUGUGGUUGAAGAAUUGUGGCAGAAAAAAGAAUCAUGUUAGUUGCAGUUGUCUAUAGUUGCUUUCAUAAGCUUUGAAAACACUUCUAAACCCAUUUUGAUUCCGAGGGCUUGUGAAGUGGGGUCUCCCUCGUGGGACAGCUAGAGCUGGGCUUCGAGGGGGCCUUUGUGGCGGCUCUGUCUAGCACCCUGCCCUGCUUUCCUGGGGAGCUUGGACGAUGGGAAAUGAUAUGGUCCUGGGUGGGAGGAGGGCCGCGCUAGCGGGGGAGAGCUAGCGACCAGAUGGACUUGGCAUUGAACUGUGCUCACAGUCAGUCCCUGCUGUCAAUGUGCAAUUUCUCUCAUUCUGAGAAACUCUCUAGACUGCCUGGGUUUUACUGGGUCCACAUAGAGUGCUGUCAGUUUACCUCUGUGAAAUGUUCAACUCGAAUGUGCAGUCGGUUGAAGGAAACUUGGACUCCCUGUCAGAGCUGACACUCACGCCGACCAGAAGGGUCUGCGAGGGUGGGCGACUGGAUCUUCCUGGUUUCUGCGUCACAUCUGUGGCCCUCUCUGACUCCCAUUUUGGGUAGAUGCGUAGCUCUUCACCUUUUUACCUCAAGGCUCUUGUCUAUCUAUAGCAAACCUUUUAGACUCAGAGUCCAAUGCAGUUUUUUUGUUUUGACAUUUUCACGAUUCACUUUUAUUCAUCUCAGCUUUCAGAACAGGUGUUGCUCAAACUCUGGGGCCUUCCAACGGCUGUUCUGAGGAGAUUUAAUAAUGGCACUUUUUACGAGGUGUGUUUUUCUGACUGUAAAGCAAAUUGUAUUUUUCCACUGAUGUCGUUAAGUUGCUGAUCUCGAUGGCAUGUUUAAAUUAUAGCAAACCUUCUGGCAUCACAUAUCAGCAGGGGAAAUGGAUCGUUGAUUUGAAGGGGAGAUACUGAGCACCAGUCACGAAGUGCGUGCUGUGCGGAACUCAGAAUGUGUGCCACAGAGCCGGGCCCCGGGGAGGAGUGGGGCUGCGUGGGCUGCCUGUCUCCCUUCUGUCCAAGGUCACGUUCCCUGUAAAAACCUCAGGCUCUUCACCAUUUCUUCUGAGGGAUUACUUUCUAGAGCCUCGCUGUUCUAGUUGGAACUAGUUUGUAGCUCGAUUUAAAUGUUUAGCAUCCUUGCAAAGUUACUUGAGAAGGGGCUGGUACCAGUAAAGAGUAAUUUCUGUAAAAGCAUGAACUCCCCUUGGUGACUUUGUUUUAAGCAGGGCCUACCCGUGAUCCAGAACUACUUCUGCUCACCGCGCUGGUGGUCAUGGAAGGUAAGGACCAUGGAUGAAACCUCGGUGGUCUGCCCUUCUUCUUCUGUAUGUCAGCAUCCACCAGGUCACUGUCGCCAGCUGUCUGUGACAGCCGUUUGAGUUCAGUCACAGACCUCUGCCUGUGGUUUGAUCUGCUCGACUAAAGCUUGAGGAAUGCUGGCGUGGGCUCCUCUCAUGUUCAUCUUCCUUGGGGAGAAGGGCCCUCGGCCGCCCUGGCUACCCUCCCAGCAUCCUCCACCAGCGCUGCGCUCAGUGAGAAGAAGGAAGGAGCCAGGAGUCAGACUUCAAGCUGCGUGUUCCUCUUGCUGAUGUCGGAGUGCUGGGGGGUGUUGACCACCUCAGUGAAGGGGGGCGCUUGGGUCUGAGGGGAACGCAGGGGCCUCCACGGGCUCAGCCGCCUUCUCUAUUCUCUAGUUGCACUAUACAUGUUCUCGCUGCAGUCUGGAGAUAAUACUUAAGACCUCCCUGGGGUCAUGAUCCGUAGACUUGGCAAGUCUUGCCUCGUCUAUGGAGCUCGACUGUCUGUGGAGAAACGUGACCGUUGUCUGAUGUCCGCAGUUCAUUUCCCCUAGGUUGUUUCUUUCCUCAGAUUGUGUUACUCUGAACCAUUUUGUUUUUUAUUUACUGAAGUACUGUACUUGGCUAUUUGCAGUGUUUUCAGAACCAAAUGUUUCUUUUUUGUGUUUUUAAUCUCCAAUACUUGGUGCAAUAGAAGCUGCAAAGAUGUGCCACUUUAUCUACAAAAUGGCAUUUUGUAUACCAAUAAAUUCUAGUUUAAAGACAAAGCU